CUCGAUAUAUAUAUAUAUAUCUAUACAGAUGGGACAAAAGUGCGGUUUCUAUUCUACCAGAAUAUUUGCGUAUCUUUUACAUAAAGUUGCUCAAUGACUUUGAUGAGAUGGAGGACAGCUUGGAGCCGGAUGAGAAGUACAGCAUGUCUUACGCGAAAACUACGUUCAAGCAGAUGUCGGAAUACUACCUCCGUGAGGCCCAAUGGUCAAGCGACAAGUACAUGCCCAGCUUCGUCGAGCACCUGGAUAUCUCUCUCAUGUCGUCCGGCUUCCCGGCGAUGGCACCGGUGCUGCUGCUCGGCGUGCGCGACAGCGGCGGUGCGGCGGCGACAACCAAGGAGGCGUUCGAGUGGGCGACCAGCGUCCCCGUCCCCGCCCUGGUCCGCGCCGGCGGGGAGCUCGCCCGCUUCCUCAACGACACCGCCUCCUACAGGAUCGGGAAGAGCGGCGGGGACAUGGCGAGCACGGUGGAGUGCUACAUGGCGGAGCGCGGCGUGGGCGGGGGGGAGGCCGUGGCGGCGGUGGCCGCGCUGGCGGAGCGCGCGUGGAGGACGAUCAACGGGGAGUGCGCCGCCGUCGGGACGAUGGAUGCCGCCCUGCUGCCGGCGGCGCGGCUGAUGGUGAACCUGGCGAGGACGGUGGAGGUGAUCUACCUCGGCGGCAGGGACGGGUACACCGUCGGUGGCGACCUCAAGGGUCUCGUCUCCAACCUCUUUCUUGAUCCCCUUCCCGUGUAUUAGGCAUGCACACAGCAACGUGCCGACGUGUUCGUCCAAAUCGUGUGCGUAACUUCGAUCCUACAUAUAUAUUUUAUUUUAGUUAGGGUGUCUGUUCUAUGUUAGACUCUAUAGUUGAAUAGAAUUAACAUGGUUUUUUAUAAAACACCAA